AUGGGAGCAACCGCUCUUCAUAAAGCAGCAGAAAAUAAUUGUAAAGAAAUAGUUGAAUUUCUUAUUUCACAUGGUGCAAAUAUCAAUGAAAAAGAUGAUAAUGGAAAGUCCAUUCUUUAUUAUGCCGCACGCGGACAAAGUAAAGAAACAGCCGAACUUCUUAUUUCACAUGGUGCAAAUAUCAAUGAAAAAGAUAUGAGGGAAAAAACCGCUCUUCAUUAUGCAAAACGUGAAAAUAAUAAAGAAACAGCCGAAGUUCUUAUUUCACAUGGUGCAAAUAUCAAUGAAAAAGGCAAUUGCAGGUUAUUUUAA